AUCUCAGUCAUUGAUGUAGCGUCACAGUUUUCAACAUCUCGUUCGACUUCGGACAUCGGCUAAUCACGAUAGAAGUUCGUGAUCUGGCACUUGCAAUACACACUUAUUAUUGUUCAGUUUUUGAUAUCUGAAUGUUGCAAUUGUGGUAAGCAGUAUUCUUGUCGACUGUUAGUUGUGUUGUUAUUACCUAGUAACCUCAGAUGGCUCUGUGUUGCUGCACGUAUCCCACCCUUCGGAGAUCAACAUUAUCACCGAAACCCCUGUUCUGUCUGGGACAGAAGCCCAAACCACAAGAUCAACCACCAACAUCCAACAUUCAACAUCCAACAUCCAACAUCCAACAUCCUCUUUACCACUCAAUUUCUCAGCCAUGGGAUUGAGAAACUUACCUACUCUUGUUCGUGAAAAAUUCGAAGGUGCUCAAGCUGCUGGCGAUAUCGCCUAUUCUCCAACGCAAUUGACCAUUUUGCAUUGCAAUUCAUUACCAGUAAGGCUUAAUGUGAAUGUCCCUCAGUAGCGACAACCUACUGAUCUCGCUGUUGAUGUAGUUUCAAUUACGGUACUCCCCUUUCCUGGCACAGAAGCCUAAGUCAGACAAGCCCAAAGAUGUAACCCAAAAACCAUUCGAUCCAUUCCUUGAUCCGCCCCAAUCGUUGCUUGUCGCGGAGGUUGGCUCGCAUAACCUCGUACUUAACAAAUUCCCCGUUAUACCAGAUCAUUUCAUUCUUGCAACAAAAGAGUUCGAAGAACAAACACAUAUGUUGGAAGAGGUAGAUUUCAAGGCGGCGUAUGAGUGUUUAGAAUCAUAUCAUGCACAAGGAGAAGAACUGUUUGGGUUCUUUAACUCGGGGGAGCACUCUGGCGCAUCCCAGCGACAUAGACACAUACAAUUCAUCCCGGUCGAAUCCAUGAGGGCGGGGCUCGACCAAAAGGCAAAAUGGUCUCCAUUGGCAGACAGUCUUACUGAGACACCUGCACCAGGUAACUGCCCUCCGUCCUUACAAAUAUAUGGCUGACACCUCAUCAAGAACUACCGUUCACAUACUUCGCCGCACCUCUCCCAGUUGAUAUUCACCCGUCGGAUUUGCACGCAACCUACAUAGGGUUACAUCACAAGGCUUGCCAACUAGUGGGAACUGCUUCUCCUGUGGAUCGUGGGACGGAAUCGCCCAUUAGCUAUAACCUCGGAUUUACCCAUAAGUCUAUGGUGUUAUGUCCGCGGACGGCCGAAGGACUUUCAAUCAAGGAUGCCGAUGGCAAUACUUUGGGAUCCGUUGCUUUGAACGGAACAAUUCUAGCAGGCACACUACUGGUGAAGAGUGAAACUGAAUGGAACGCUGUGCGCAAGGAUGAGCAGAUCCUUCUGGAGGUCCUCAAGACAAUUGGGAUACCUACGAAUACAAUUGAUUCUUAAUAUCGACAUUCUGGCACAUUCGAUAAUCUAAUAGACGGAAAGAUAUAGCAUGGAGGUCGCAUCAUUUGGAAUAAGCUAAACUUUCUGUUCAUUGAGACAUGUUGACAACACCAAGCCACCCUACCAUUAUCUUUCUACAUGCGCGCACAAUCAAUUAACUCACUCGGCCAGUUAAUGGUAUUUUUCCCACGUCAUCUGUUGCGUCCAGCUCCCCAGACUCACAAAUUCUUUGUGGCUUUGAAUAUUAAAAUCACUUGGCCAAUAUCUCUUUUCCCUCGCUCCAAGGAUACUUCCCCUGGAGACUUGCCACACUCUCACGUCCCUUUAUCAGCAUCUUUUAGUGCAACCCACCGUUUUCGACAGGUGGCAU